GAUCAAUCUCAGUACAGUUCGGUCGUGUUCAUGCCAAGCUUAAGAGUAAUUGCUGAUUAUUCAUUCGAUAAUUAAUCGCUGCGGCCUAAAAGAAAACUGACUUGAUUCGCAAUGGUUGUUCCUGAUGACGGUGGUGAUAAGGAGAGGCAGAAAUAUGUCGCUCUUUUGCGAAGGGAACCUACAAAGUUUUAUAUUCUACCAGAUGUGGUGGCCUCGUCGGGGAGCAUGAUCGUUGUCUCCAAUCGCCUGCCUUUUGUUCUUCAACGAGAUAAGGAAGGGAAGUUGGUUAGGAAAGCUAGUGCUGGGGGUCUUGUAACAGCAGUUGCCCCAGUGGUGAUAAAUGGUGGAGGACUAUGGGUAGGAUGGCCAGGUAUUCAUCUGGAGAACCCUGACGAGCCAAUUCCAGAAUCAGAUCCAUCAGACAUAACGCCCACGGCUGGUCUGAAAUCAGAAAAAGUGAUAGCAGUACAAAUGGACCCGGCGAUUUUCGAUUCUUACUACAACGGCUGCUGCAACGCCACCUUCUGGCCAUUAUUCCAUUCCAUGCCAGAUAGAGCAUCCUUCAAGGGUGAACAUUGGAAAUCUUAUGUGAAAGCCAAUAAACAGUUUGCGGAAUGCACUCUCAAAGGAUUGACGUCGCUUCCGAGAGUUUCUGCAGAUAUUCCACUGAUCUGGAUCCAUGAUUAUCAUCUGAUGUUGGCGGCCAACUGGAUAAGGCAGGCCGCAGACGAACAAGAAAUAAAAUGCAAGCUAGGCUUCUUUCUUCACAUCCCCUUUCCCCCCUGGGAUAUAUUUAGACUCUUCCCAUGGGCCGACGAAAUCCUACAAGGUAUGCUAGGCUGUGACAUGGUCGGAUUCCACAUCACAGACUACUGUCUCAACUUCGUAGACUGUUGUCAGAGAUGUUUGGGCUGUCGAGUCGACAGAAAGAACCUCCUAGUAGAACACGGAGGUCGUACAGUCCGUGUACGUCCUCUGCCAAUCGGGAUACCUUACGAAAGGUUCAAGGAACUAGCAGAAAAAGCGCCAAGAGUGCUGUCGACAAACCAGAAAAUAAUACUCGGCGUGGACCGCUUGGACUACACCAAAGGCUUGGUACAUAGACUCCGAGCCUUCGAGAAGCUUCUAGAAAACCAUCCGGAGCACAUCGAGAAGGUGUCUUUGCUGCAAAUCUCCGUUCCAUCUAGAACCGACGUGAAGGAGUACCAAGACCUCAAGGAGGAGAUGGAUCAGAUGGUUGGGAGAAUCAACGGAAAGUUCACCACACCCAACUGGUCUCCAAUACGGUACAUCUACGGGUGCGUUAGCCAGGACGAGCUUGCCGCCUUCUACCGAGACGCAGCCGUGGGCUUAGUCACUCCGCUGCGCGAUGGAAUGAACCUGGUGGCUAAAGAAUUUGUCGCGUGUCAGAUUAACAUACCUCCAGGGGUUCUUAUAGUAUCCCCUUUCGCCGGAGCUGGAGAAACCAUGCAUGAAGCUUUGAUUUCCAACCCGUAUGAAAUUGAUGAUGCCUCUGAGGUAAUUCACAGAGCUCUGACGAUGCCAGAGGAUGAGAGGAUUCUCCGGAUGAACUACUUGAGGAGAAGGGAGAUGUUGAACGAUGUUAACUAUUGGACGAAGUCUUUUCUGUCGGCCAUGGGAUCGCUGCAAACUCAAGAUGACCACGAUGAUAUUGGGUCGAUUACGAUGCCUGCUGUGACGCUGGAUGAUUUUGAUGAAUAUUUGUCAAAGUAUAUUGGAAACACCCACAAACUAGCCCUCUUACUAGAUUACGAUGGAACUCUGGCACCUAUUGCACCUCACCCAGAUCUCGCUACUAUACCAGCAGAAACGAAAAAUGUUCUGCAAAGGUUGUCAAAUGUUUCCGAUGUGUACAUUGCCAUUGUCAGCGGAAGAAACGUGAAUAACGUUAAAGAAAUGGUAGGAAUAGAAGGCAUCACGUAUGCCGGUAAUCAUGGUCUGGAAAUUCUUCACCCAGAUGGAACGAAGUUCGUCCACCCAAUGCCAACAGAAUUCCAUAACAAGGUUGGUGAACUAAUGAGGCAGCUACAAGAAAAAGUUUGCAGAGACGGAGCAUGGGUCGAAAAUAAGGGUGCAUUGCUCACAUUUCACUUCAGGGAAACACCAGUCAAUCUCAGACCAGCUUUAGAGAGAGAAGCAACAUCCAUGAUCGAAGCAGCCGGAUUCAAUGCUGCCAAGGCCCAUUGCGCAAUAGAAGCCAAACCUCCAGUGCAGUGGAAUAAGGGUAGAGCAUCGAUCUACAUCCUCAGAACAGCCUUCGGUGUGGACUGGUGUGAGAGGAUAAGAAUCAUAUAUGUUGGCGAUGACGCUACAGACGAAGAUGCAAUGCAGGCCCUCAAAGGAAUGGCGGCCACCUUCAGAGUCACCACCUCGCAAAUCACUAAAACAUCUGCGGAACGUCGACUUCCUUCGACGGACUCCGUCCUGACCAUGUUGAAAUGGGUGGAACGGCAUCUCAGCCGAAGAAAACCGAGUCUGGAUGCUGCUAGUUACCGAAGAAACUCCACCCAGUUAGCGAAGCAUGCCAUGCAAAUGGAGAUGUCGAUGACUCAGAAAACUUCGCUCUCUCCCGACGUCAUUCCCGAUACCAUUUAGACAGUUCGUAGAUUUAGUGGUUUUUGUAAAUAUUAGAGUAGGCUUGUACUCGUUGUGCUGGGUGUUACUUUUUCAGUAGACGUUCCAGAGGUUGUUUUAAUCAAUGACUCGAGAACUCGAUAAGCAGUGUAUUUGCGAAUUAUCGGUCAUAUCAUGGUUUUCGUGAGAUCUCUGCAGAUAGUUCAAAAUAGUUCUCAACAAUUACGUCCAUAAUGGUAUGAUCACAGAAAUGAUUUUUGAACAAUGUGAUUAUGAUCGUCAUCUUUCUUGAGGGGCAUCGAAUAUACAUUUUUUCCAUUAUUGAAAUAUUUGGUGGAAUAUUGAAAAUCAUGAAUAUAUAUUACAUUGGAUCUGAUGGGGAAUACGUACUUUUUUGAAUAAUGAAAAUCUGUAUUUUUCCUGAUGAAAAUAAGAAUGUUUCAUUUUUGUAACAUUAUAACAAAAAAUAAGCAAAUAUCUGAAAAAGAAAGCUAUUAAUAAUCCAAAAUGAUGUUGUUCAAAGUACAUACCUAUUGAAAAUAUCAUUUCAAGAAUGCAAAACUGGCCAAUUGUUUCGAUUCUUUGUGAAUAUUAUAAAUUUUCCACAAACUGGAAGAUUGGAAUUGGAAAGCCUUUAUUUUCACCAAUGUACUUACCUAAAGCGAUAAAAAAUAGGUUUUCCUCCAUUUCACCCAAACAGAAAAUAAAUAAAUAUUUGACAAUGAAAAUAAUAAGUGAUCAAAACGUUAUUUCGAAGGAUGUCGUUUCAAAAAUG